UUUUAAAUUAUAUAUAUCACCAUGAGACAUAUCAUAGUUAUCAUCACCAUCAUCAUUAUACCUUCAAUCCCUCACAUUGUUCUUCAUCACCAUCAUUUGGUUUUAAAGAAGAAAAAAAAAUGGCUCUAACUAUUAUUCCCAUAUUUCCUUUCAUUGAGUACUAUGCCAUAUGCACAUCAUCAUUUUUCUUAGAUGAAUAUUAUGCUUGUAUAUGUUAGCUAUAUCUAUAUCUACGUGUAACUAAAAUUCUUCACAUGAUCCCAACCAAAUUUAAUUUUAAUUUUUCAAUUAGAACAAAUAGAAAGAGGGAAAAAAUGGAGAAUAAUAGUUCAAUGAAAAUUGGAGUCAUGACUGUUUUUGCUGUUUCUGGAAGCAUGGUUCUUUUGAUUCAUCGAGUUCAUAAGCAUAUGCUCAAGAAUUUCAUGGAGAAAUUUGAAGUUGAAAUUUGUGGUUACACACCACAUGAUGAGCAUAAAAGCUUGGAUGAAUCUCCGAAGAAACAUCAAAUAAAGAAGAAGGUGCGGUUCGCUGAGUAUGUGUUGGAAUUUCCAAUAGAAAAGACACAACAUAUUAUGAAGGAUGACAAGGUUUUAGUUGGAGAAAGAGUUCAAAACUGUGGGUGUGAGGAAUUGAAAGAUAUCAUGCCAUACACUAAUAAUAUGUAUAGGGGAAUUUUGAAACAUAGGAAUUGAUUAAUGGUUGCGGUUGUUAAUAUAUUAUUAAUUCUUUUAUUCUUUUACGAGUGAUUUUUGUUAUAUUCAAUAAUUGUUCUUUAACUUUUUUUAUAUAUAAAAAUUUGUCAUUAGUUAUUUUUUUAACA